AAACAAACCUCUUGUUUUGCUCUGCAGUAUUCCGAAGCCGCUGCCCACCUCGCCGAGGACUGCGAAGAAGCCGAGAGACUUGGAGCCGUUGAUGGAUCCCUGAGUGAGGAAACGGCGAGGGCUGUGAUUCGAUGGACGCGGCACGAUGAUUCUGCAGAGAGCUUUUGCGAAGUGGACGAUAUCCAGUCUCCAGAAGCGGAGUACGUAGAUUUGCUUCUCAAUCCAGAACGUUACACUGGCUACAAGGGACCUGAAGCCUGGAAGAUCUGGAACAGCAUCUAUGAAGAAAACUGUUUCAAACCUCAGUCCGUAAAAAGGCCUUUAAAUCCCUUGGCUUCUGGAAGAGCUGCGGGAGAAAAUGAAGGGAACAUGUUUUACAGCUGGCUGCAAGGUGUCUGUGUGGAGAAGAGGGCUUUCUACAGGCUCAUUUCUGGCCUCCAUGCUAGCAUUAACAUCCAUCUCAGCGCCAGGUAUCUCUUGCAAGACACGUGGGCAGCCGAGCGUUGGGGCCACAACAUCACCGAGUUCCAGCAGCGCUUUGACGAGGUCCUGACCCAGGGCGAGGGUCCCAGGAGGCUCAAGAACCUCUACUUCCUCUACCUGAUAGAGCUGCGGGCCCUGUCCAAAGCCCUCCCUUACUUCCAGCGCCCCGAUUUCCAGCUGUUCACGGGAGCCGAAAGCCAGGAUGAAGAAACCAAGAGCCGCCUUUUGGAAAUUCUGCAUUUAACCAAAUCAUUCCCUUUGCACUUCAACGAAAAUUCGCUUUUUGCUGGGAGCCCAAAAGAAGCGGCUAAAUUAAAGGAAGAAUUUAGACUCCACUUUAGGAACAUUUCAAGGAUUAUGGACUGUGUUGGUUGCAUCAAAUGUCGUCUUUGGGGGAAGCUGCAGACUCAGGGCUUGGGAACAGCCCUGAAGAUCCUGUUUUCUGAAAGCCUGAUAGAAAACAUGCCGGAGAAAGGACCCUCGCCCAAAUUCCACCUAACGAGGCAGGAAAUCGUGUCCCUCUUCAAUGCCUUUGGAAGGAUUUCAACAAGUAUUAAGGAACUGGAGAACUUCAGGAACCUGCUGAGACCUCUCCACUGAAGCUGUUUCCUGAUCAAGACUGGCACUCCUGUUCUCCGCAGAUGGUUGCUGCAUCGUGGCCC